CGUACCACGUCAGUGCCAAUGAAAAGUGGGUUACAUUUUUUGUUUACCUUUUAAAAUGCCACAUUCGUUAUUUAUAACACAGCAGAUACUCUCUUGAAAGGUUGGAAGAAAUGCUACUAGAUGAUGGCGCUUUACUGGAGAAAAAAACAAAAAGUAAAUGCUGCUGAGGUGCUGAGCUGGAGAGAACGAGGUAUCGGAGAUGGUGGGAAACUAACAAGGCUCAAUACAAAGGUCCUGAGAGCCAUCCUUUUGGGGGAUAAUAGGAAUUUCUGUGUAGCGUGGGGCAAUACCUCCAAAUCCGCAAUCUUGUAUGAAAAUGGUAAAAUUUACCUGGAAAACUACCUCGAGUGUUUUAGCUGUGUUCAUUCCAAGCCUCACGCUCUCUACGAGUUGCCAAAGCGAUCUAAAAGUGAAAAGUUUCAAGAUACCUUGCUGUGCCAAAGCCCACUUGAAACCACAUUAGCGUCUCCUUCCGAUCAGAAGCCCAGCCUCUUGUGCUUGACAGCCAAUAAUUGGUUGUAUCGCUUAGCAGACUCAACGGGACAGGAGCUGGAGAGAGUUUUCCUCUCUUCAAAACACAAAUUCGGGUACAUAAACUGGGAUGUUUCUCAAGAGAUAUUUUAUGUUAAAUCAAUUCUAAACAAAAGUACAUCCCUACAGCAGCAGGCCGGUACCGCCCAGAAUGCUGUGAUGCAUUUGGCCAUAUUCCAAGUUUUCCCCUUACAAAUUGUGGCCAUGAUGGAAAUCAACAAGCAGGUAUUCGGGAACGGCAUAACUGAUGUCGAUUUAUCUCAGGGUGUCCUGGCUGUGUCCUACAGCAAAAAAGCAUUGAAGUUGUUUAGCUUUGAGCACAUUCUGAAAAAGUACCUGGUGGAAAAAAUAACGCUCGGAAAGCCAAGUUCACUCCUCAAUGGCAAAACAGUGGGAGACGUUCCAUUCGGCAUUCCGACAAAUAUCCACAUUACAGAUUGCCCUCCGGUGCUCUUUGAGGUGUCUUGCUCCAGCAAUGGUGUUCAAUUUGGAGGCUUUCCUUGGCAUUACAUUCACACACCACCCAAAAAAUGUCACCAAGGGACUCACCACUUCCGCUCACUCAAAGACAGCACUCUGGCCAUUAACGGAAUACAGAAUAUGGACUGUUGCGCUCUAGAGAGCGAUAUGAUUUUCUUCCAUCCUGAUGAAUCAGGAAGAAUCAUUCACAUGGGGCCCAGCACCAUAAACGUUCUUAAAAUCCUCGGUGAGCGCAACAGCGAAUUGCCGUCAAAGGUAAUAGAAGAUUUCUCGAUAGUGACGCAGCGGAAAGACAUUCCUUCUUCGCGAGUCACAGUCACCUCUUCAGGCCGCACAGUGAAGAGACGAUUCCAGCAGCUUGAUGAUGACUGUUUUUACGAGACUUUCCGGACGGUAAUAUAUGAGGACGAGCUGGACCUUUUGGCAGUGGUGGUCACCACCAGCAGCCAAGAGAGGGAGGGACACGUUCGGAUCCAACUGCACGACAACCACAGCGGACAGUUACUGAAAACUGUCGAGCUGCUGGAACCUUGGGAUGAGACUUUACGACAUGAUCUGAUCUUCGACAAGGACACGAUUGCUCAUAUCGUACAUCGGAACAGCGACGUUGGCUGUUACCUUUACAAGCUCAAGACUGACACCAGAUCUUUUCCAAAGUAGAAUUUGGCCUGUUUUACAUUGUUCCAAUCUGUUACUUUGUACAGUAGACUGGGUUAAUUUGUAUGUUUUAUUGAAAUAAAACAUUGUCAUACUGUUACUAAAA